AGGUGCGCGCCGAGCGGAACAAGGCGCGUGAGGAGCUGCGCACCGUCCGUCUCCGGCUCGAGACGGCGCUGAAGGAGACGGCCGCCGUCAAGCGCGACCGCCACGAGAUCGAGGCCGAGAACGAGUCGCUGGCGGCCGAGCUGGACCACAUGAAGCGGCUGCUGGUGCAGCGCUGCGAGUGUGGCGGACCGGUCAGCGCGCUGGCCGAGCUGCGCCAGGCGGCGGCCCGGGAGGACGAGCCGGCCACCUCGCCCCGCGCCCGUGAGCCGGACACGGCCGCCCUCCGGCAGAGACUCGAGACCAGCGACAAGGCCCUACAGCUGGAGCGAGAGGAGAAGGCGGCGCUGCAGCGCACGGUGGAGUCUCUGCGCCAGGACGCUUCCGACCUGCGCUCGCGACUCGACGACGUGCGCCUCUCGCGCCAGGAGACGCUCAAGCAGCUGAUGGAGCUGCGCGCCCAGCACGAGAACCAGCUGACCAGCAUUCAGCUGGACUUGCGCGACGAGACGUCCAGCCGAGAGGUGCGUGACCUGCAGGUGGCUGAGCUGCGCUCCGAGCUGGAGCGGCUGCAGGCAGAGAACGCCGCCGAGUGGGAGCGCCGCGAACGCAUCGAGACUGACAAGGUCUCUGUGGAGCGGGAGAACAAGAAGUUGCGCGCGCACGUGGCGGACCUGGAGGAGCGGCUGGAGAAGCGCAGCCGCCAGCUGAGCCAGGCGGCCGAGACCGAGAACAAGCAGCUGCAGUCGGAGGUGUUCGAAAAGAGUCGAGAACUCUCCGAGCUGAAGCACGCGCACAGCAAGUUGAAGAAGGUGCUGCAGGAGAAGACGACCGAGCUGUCGCACGCCAUGCGCCGGGCAGAGCAGUUCGAGGCCGAGGUGCGGCGCCUGCGGGGCCGCGUGGACGAGCUGAAGCGGGAGCUGGGCAGCGUGGAGGAUGAGGUAGACAGCAGCACCACCAACCAGCGCCGGCUGGUGCGCACCAACGAGGAGCUGCAGGAGCAGGUGGACAGCCUGUCCGUGCAGCUGCAGCAUCUGCAGGCCAGAGCGCGCACCAGCGCCUCAUCCAUGCCGUCCAUCAAGGACAAGAUCCUGGUGGACGGCGAGACCGACGACGAGGAGCUGGGCGAGCUGUGAGCGGUUGUCCCCGCCCCACGGGCGGGCCGCGCCCCCACCUCCGGUUCAGGCGUGAGGCGGUGGCCGACAGCUUCGGGUGGCCCGCUCUGGAUGGCGGCGGCGCGUGCUGGUCCGCGAGGGACUGCCGCUGGCCGACUGCCGUGCGGUUGGUGGGCGUGUGCCGGCUCGAACUGGACGGGGAAACCCAGGCGAUUUGUCUUCCACUGUCAUAGAUGAAUUAGGGCGACGCCUCUUGUGCGCUGCCGGAGUAGGUGCAGGUUGUGAUGGUUCACUAACAACGCUUGUACUGACAUUAUUGUACCUGCAUUGGCGUGGUUUUGUACGCUGCAGUCUGUUUGUUGUUGGUUUGAUAUUCACUGUACCUGCAUAGCAGUAAUGCUGCAACGUUGCGUCCGGUGCUGGUGUAGCUGCUCUCGGAGGGUUUUUGUGUUUUGCUCGUGUGCCAUUCCUGAACGCCGUUGAUGAGUCUCCUCGCCGUGUGGUUGUCAUUCCGACCAAGCUUUACGUUCGCUCGCUUACCACAUCCUUGCCAAUCGCCGUGGCCGCUGGCCUGUCAGCGCGCUGCCCCCAAUACUCCCGACCGUGGUCGCUCUGUCGGUUUGUUACUGCGUGUUUGGCCGCCGGUCGCACGGUCCGCCACCGCCGCGUGGUCCGCGCCUGGUGGUGGGCUGCAUCCCACCGCCCCGGGGUCCGCUCGUCCCCCGCUGUGUGGCCUCGGGCGGGGAUGGGCGUGCCUUCCCCGCGCCGCCUCGGCUUUGGCGGCCGCCGAAAGGGGAGGGAGGCGUGACGCGCCCCGUGCCCCGACCUCGGGCUGUUGUGAUGGUUGGUGGUUGUCGCCGGCCGCAGUGAGUCUCGGCUGGUGGUGGCGGUUGGCGGUCGGGAGGCGCCCCGCCUCUGUGUGCGGGACCCGUCUGCCCGUGACAGCGGAGGCAAUACACGGACCGUACCGAG